UGUUGUGCAUUUGAGCAUUGAGUAGUGAGCGAGGAGGAACAUGGUGGCGAGGCGUUGUUUUUGUUGACGCAGCCAUCUUGUUUGGUGUAUUGCCCCUCUCGGUGUGAAUGCCAACCUGAGCCUCCCUUCGAUCUUAUCAUUAGUUUAAGUAUGAGGCUUCAGCUCUCGAUGCCUAUGAUUACUUCCCCUCUCUCCAUUCCAUUUCCCAACAUACAAGCAUCAACAACAACAACAAAAUUCAAACACACAAACCAUUCCCUCUCUUUUUCUCUCUCUCUUUCCUUUCAACGUUAAUGUUAUUGCAACUGCUUCUGCUUGUACUCUCAUCAUACUAUGUAUAGUACUACACUACUGCUUUUUCUUCUUCAUCUUCUUGUUAUUAUGACGAGGCAAUGAUGAUGUUCUCUUCAAUUGGAACAGACUAUGAGUAGGGGGUUAAGAGGUGUGUGUGUGAUGGCGAGGUGACUCAGUGCAGUGUUGACGCAGCCAUGCAUGCAUGCCUUCCCCGAUUUCUUCUUGUCUGACAAAAGGCGAAUCUGAGCCUCCUCCUUCAUUCCCAACACUCGCUUUUCCUUUCAUUCUUAGCAAUCAUGGACAACCAAGCACCAACAUUCCUAACUUUAUUUAUUUAUGUAUUUCAAUUUUCAAACUACUUCUUUCAUGAAUGGUUUUCUUGUCUUUCUUACUGUUGUUCAACUAUUACCAUGCAAAAUCAUCAUCAUCAAUUCAUCAUCAUCAUCAUCAUCAUCAUCAUCAAAUUCGAAGUUAGUAUGAAAUGAAUAAAACAGUUGAUUGAACCUAUCAAGAGCGCAAACUUGAAUUUUGAAGAGAUUGGUGGCUACAAGAGACUGAACCAAAGCUCGCAAAACAAUUGGUUAAUCAAGUCAUCAGUGGCGAGCUUCCAAUCUUCAUCAACGAUCUGCAUAGGGAGCUCAGCCUUGCCUUAAAAAAUAUGAGCGUUUCUAGCUUUCCAUAUUUGCCACAAAAGGUAGGCUGCUUGCAGAAUCAUCUUUUUUCCAUCUCCAUGGGUCUGUGUCUUGGUUCAAGUUGGGGAUUGCUAAUCCAUCCAGAGUGCUGCCAUAUAAAAGAGGACUGAGGACAAUUAAUCAAGCAGUGUAAGGAAAUUGGAAGCAAAAUAUUGAUGGCAGCGCAUGAGAAGACAAAGGUGAAAGCUCUUCGCAAAUAAUUAGAAUUUGGACUUUGCACUACAUCUCAAAUUUUAUCGGAGACAAAGAAAGGAAGGCGAAAGUUUGAGGUUUUACAAUCGCCAGUCUCAGUUUCGCGCAAUUUCUGUCCCUGCAUGCCAACUGUUCGGUGUUUUGCUACUUUGAGAGCUUUAACAUUUUGGGUCGUGCUAUUCUCAUGUAAACAGAGCCAUCCACUUCUGUAUCCAAAACUCCGAAGAUGGUGUUCUUCCUCUCAACAAGUGCGGCUUCCUUAUACAACCAACGAUUUCUGUUGAGAAAAUCCAGUUUCUGGUUCAAGUAUCUCACCACCAUUCCCAAUAAGGAUGAUGGCCAUGGAGCUGCAUCUGUGCCACCUUCUGAGAGCUCCACUACCCUUCAUCUUUCACCAUUUUUAUCCAAUUUUGAUCACCCUCCAAGUGGAUAUAACAUAGAGCUUGUAGAUGGUGAUGCUUGGGGUGUCUCAUCUGGGGUGGCACAAGCCUGGCCAGGAAGGCAUUCGACUACAUCAGCAGCUACUACAUUUGCACACCAUGGUAUUGAUGAACCCGAUGGUUGUAACCCUUCUCAUGUUGAGGAUGACAUGGAUUUGGAAGAUAUGGAUAACAUGAGGCUUUGCGGGAAUCUGUUCUAUAAGCUCGAGCUCAGUUCCAAGGAGUUUGAAGAGUAUGAUUUAGAGUUUCACCGCAAGAAAUCUUCCAAGAAGAAAGACAAGAACAAGAAGGAAAACACUAAGGAAGCAAAGAAAGCUAAAGAGUGUCCAAAUCCAAAUGUGACUUCCAAUUCCAAAGAUAAGCUUCCCAAAUAUCAUAUCGCAACAAGAAGCAGAAUUGUUAUGCCCCGGUUGGAUGAAAUUAAAGAUGUUUCUCCGGAUAACAAGAGGCAGAGGACUCCCACUUUUAACCAGCUUACGGGUCCUUAUCAUGAACCAUUUUGCUUGGACAUUUACAUAUCUAAAGGCUCUGUUCGUGCUUGCAUUGUUCAUAGGGUAACUAGCAAGGCUGUUGCAGUGGCACAUUCCAUUUCUAAGGAUAUGAAGUUUGACAUGGCUUCUACCAAGAACAAGACCACCUGUGCUGCUGUGGGUGCCAUUCUGGCUCAGAGAGCACUGGCUGAUGAUAUUCAUGACGUUAUUUACACUCCAAGAAAAGGAGAAAAGCUCGAGGGAAAACUUCAUAUUGUUCUCAAGUCUAUCAUUGGCAAUGGCAUUAAUGUGAAGGUAAAGAUUAAGCAAACAUUCAGGAGAUCAAUUAACAUUAUCCACUGAUUUUAAGCAUUUUGCAACUGUGAAGUGCCAUUUUUUUAUCCCACCCCUUGUAACAUGUGAACAAAGUUUAGUAUCCCUUGUAACAUGUGAACAAAGUUUAGUAUUUAAAUAAAAUUGCGUGCA